AUGGUCAAACGAACAAAAGACCAAAUCAAUGAAGAAAAGAAGGAAAUAAAUGUAGAAUCAAUCAAUGCUCCUCGAUUUGAUUAUAAUUCUGUUAAAUGGAGUGUUGAUGAAUCCACCUUCCCCAAUCGUUCAGGCUCUAGACUAUUCGGUAUUCAAGAAGUACCGAAAUAUUAUCCAACUGUAGAGGAAUGGAAAGACCCAUAUGCUUUUAUCGAGAAAAUUAGAAACGAAGCUGAGCCUUAUGGUGGCUGUAAGAUUAUUCCACCAGCUGUUUAUGAUCCCCCUUUCGUUUUAGACACAAAUAAUUUUCGUUUCAAGACUCGCUUACAACGGCUGAACAGUCUGGAAGGCGAAACAAGAGUUUCUGCUAAUUAUCAUGAGCAGAUAGUCAAUUAUCAAAUCUCGCUUGGUAAACCAUCUGCUCUUGUGAAAUUACCACACCUUGAUAAGAGGCCCAUUGACCUUUACAAGCUUAGAAAUGAAGUAACAAAACGUGGUGGCGUGCAAGAAGUUACUCGCUUGAAGAAAUGGGCCGAAAUUGGUCGUGUGUUAGGCUUUAAUCGUAAACAAUGUACUUCCAUGUCGAAUGCUCUCAAAAAUGCUUACAACAAUUUCGUUUUACCUUUUGAAGUCUGGCUUACUAAACAUAAGACUGAUAGCCCCGCUAAUGGAGCUUUUGGAGACAAUGUCGAUAGCGAUGCUUGUGCGGUUUGUUUCGAAAAAGAAGGCAAACUUCUUCUUUGUGAUGGUUGCGAUCGUGCUUUCCAUUUGCAUUGUUUAAAUCCUCCCCUUGACUCGGUACCUCAGUCUGAUCAAUGGUAUUGUACGCAGUGCGUUACUUCUGUUGGCAAAGACUUUGGUUUCGAGGAUGGUAGUGAAUAUACGCUUGCUGAAUUCCAAACAUUCUGCAAUGAUUUCAAAGAAAAGUGGUUCCCUGCAUACUAUAAACAAAAUGAAGAGAACAGCAACUUAGUUACAACUUCGCCAACUCUGGCUUCCUCUAACAAAUCUUUACAGUCCGAAAUUCCUACAGCAAAAGGCUCAAAAGCAUCGCAAAACAAUAAAGUCACCGCCGAUCGAACUUUCACAGUACCCGAACAAGUUGUAGAAGAAAAAUUUUGGCAAUUAGUAGAGGACUCACACGAAACAUGCGAAGUCGAAUACGGCGCUGAUUUGCAUAGUACUCAGCAUGGCAGCGGCUUCAUUUCUGUAGAGGAUUCACUGAGUGGGUACCAACAACUUGGUGUGGACGACCCUUGGAACCUGAACGUUCUUCCUGUUGCUCCUCAGUCACUCUUUUCUCACGUGAAGAGCGAUAUCAGCGGCAUGAUGAACCCUUGGCUCUAUGUCGGCAUGUGUUUUUCCGCCUUUUGUUGGCAUAACGAAGACCAUUAUACUUAUUCGAUCAACUAUAUGCAUUGUGGUGAAACCAAAACAUGGUAUGUUAUUCCUGGCUCUCACAGUGAAGCAUUUGAAGAAGCCAUGAAGAGGGCCGUACCUGAAUUGUUCGAGCAACAGCCUGAUUUACUAUUCCAUUUAACUACGAUGCUAAGCCCUGCUCGUCUUGUGAAAGAAAAUGUUCCGGUGUAUGCUAUUGAUCAACGUCCUGGCCAAUUCGUUAUCACUUUUCCUAAAGCGUACCAUUCUGGCUUUAACCACGGGUUUAAUUUUUGUGAAGCUGUCAACUUUGCUCCUCCUGACUGGCUUAAAUACGGCUUCGAAUGUGUUCAACGCUAUAAAGAAUUUCGUAAACAACCAUGUUUCAACCAUGACCAAUUGGUUCUCACUGUCGCUGAGGAAGUUUUGAAGUCUUUAAGGUCGUCUGGUUCGUAUGAUGAAGCGAAAGCUUUUCAGAAAUUGGAAUGGCUUAGCUCUGCAGUGACUGAUAUAAUUAAGCGCCAAAAACUCGAUGAAGAGGAAAUACGAAAGAAAGCAGCUUUAUCUGUAUCUGUAGUGCAGUUAGACAAUCCUGAAGAUGUUCAAUGCUGCUACUGUAAUUGUUAUACUUUCACGUCAUAUGUCGGCUGCAGAUGCACUGAUAGAGUCAGUUGUGUCGAUCAUAUUUUUGAACUGUGCUCUUGUGAUAAUUCUUCAAAGACAUUAUAUACAAUAGACACAGAUAUGUUCAAUGUAACAACUGACCAACGCUCCAGCAUUGAAAGUUGGUCUCAGAAACUCAAGCAAUACAUGACUGACCAAGCUUCUCCGCAACUAGAAAAAUUAAAAGCAAUUCGUAAAGAAGGUGAAACUUUACGUGCUUCAGAAUCAUCAAAAGCAGAAGAAUUACAAACUCUCAAAGAUUAUAUUGAUACACUAGAAUCGUGGGAUACAGAGACCAAAAAAAUAUUACACUCAAGUGGUUCCUCAUCCAAAUAUUUCCCUUCAUCAAAUACAGGUCAAACGCGAAGAAUAGAUAGACUUAUAGAACUUGUUAAUUAUGCCGCUACAAUCGACGUGGCGCCUUUACCACAUCUCGAUAAGUUGAAAGAUUAUCUCGCCAAACUUGAAAAUUUAGAAAGUCAAUUAACGGAAGAACUUUUAACAACAACACCUCUGGAUGAUGUUCACUUAAAUCAACUUUAUAAAGAAGGCCUAAAAUUGAAGGCUGACUCUGACAAAUUUAAUCGAUUGGUAUACCGUAUUAAUUCUACAGCAUGGGAAGAGGAAGCCCAGGCAGUUCUCAAGAAUCCCUUUAAUCUCAGCAACUACCGUAAACUCAUCAGAGAAGCAGAAAACCUUGGCAUUGAAAGUACAUCAGGAACAACUUUGCACAGAUUGAUUAUUGUAGAAGAUUUCGGAAACAAGCAACUCCAAUAUAUUAAUGACCUCUGUAAAGGUCGAAUACAAAUCGAUUAUGAUAGUAUAGAAUCAGUUUUACUAAAUAUUGGCCGACAUACCGAUUUCUCCAUCGAAUUCGAAUCUAAUGUAAUUGAUCGAUUAGAGAAGAAUUUUGCGCGAUCCAACGAAACUAUCCGUGAAGUGGAAAAAGUGUUAGAUGAAGCAUACUCAAAAGAUUCUGUCAUUGAUCGCCCAGCCGUUUCAGUAAUUUCACAUUUGAUCCCCUUAAGUAAGCAAAGCAGCAUCUAUUCAGAAAAGUUUGCUGAACUUCAAGCAGCUUAUGACGGGUGCAUCGCAUGGGAAGAACAAGUUAGAAAAACGUUCAUGAAGGGCAGACAAAAAUCCCUCGACACAGUCAUAAAUGAAACAGCCAACAAUGUGCGAGCUAUCGUUUCAAGCAGCAAACAAUCUACUGGCAUUUAUUGUAUUUGUCGCAGACACGAGGAAGGAUUAAUGAUUGAAUGUGAUUCUUGUCAUGAAUGGUAUCAUAGCGCCUGUCUUAAAAUACCUCAAAGUGUGGUACAUUCGAAAAACUCUUAUAUCUGCCCUAUUUGUAAUCCGACAUCAGAACCAAACGUAACAUACAUAUCGCGUCGACCUAAUUUACACGAAGUUAUAGCCCUCAUGAAAGCCGGAGAAUCACUCAAAUUUCUACCCAAGAAUUAUACUGCUAUUUAUUCUAUUUAUUCAUGUAUGGAUUCAUACAGGAAGACGAUUCAAGCAUUUUGCAGAUCGAAAAGUCAAUUGGGCAUUGACGACCUGCCACAAAUGAAAUACUAUUUAAGAACAUUAAUUGGACUUGAAGUUCUGCUUUCAGAAGAAUUAGACUUUUUGCGAACAAAAAUUGAGCUAAUACAAACGACCAUGCCACAACAACGCGGUCCUGUUGUUGUGAAAAAAGCACUCUUUAAACGAAAGCGUUCAAUUUCGCCCUUGUACGAUCAAAUUACAACCAAUAGCACAGCACCUACCAUCACGUUUAUAUUAAAUAACUCUCCACCACCGAGCAAUAAACACACCCCCACCUCUACCAAUGAUUUACCGGACGAUUCUUUCAAGAGUACUAUCGACAAUAAUAGUCAGAGUAAUAAACGGUUACGGGCAGCAUUCAAUCAAAAUGAUCAGAGCAGCAAGCCAAACAGUUCUCUUGCUGAUUCCAACAACUCUCAGAAUAAACCCCAUUUGCAAAGGAAACACGCCUAUAGAAAGCAUAUAGCGUCACCAUCAUCCUCCUCCUUAUCGAGCUCUGCUCAUGAUACCCUAGGUCACAAUAAUGUACAAUCACCAACAACGCCUUACUUUUCCCAACAUAAAGAUAGACCUUACAAUAACAACACUAACCAAAGUGCUGUUUAUUCCCCACCAUCUACUUACAAACCUGAGCCUUCAUCAUUAGACGCUCUUGCCUCUAUUUUAGUUUCCUCCUCGUCGACGCCAACCUCAGCAUUAUUGAGUGGACCACAUCAAUCUGAUACGAAACGUAAACUUGCUGACCUCGAUAACAAUAGUGAAAAUGGCAAUAACAACAAUAGUAAUGACAGUUCUUCCAAACCUCGCAAGAUUAUCAAAUUAACGCUUAAUCCACCUUCGAAGAAGUAG